GAGAGCGAGUGAGAGAGAGUACGGAACGAAAGAGAGUGAGCGAGCGAGAAAGAAGAGAGAGAGAGAGAGAGUGAGACAGGGGAGGAGGAGUGCGAGCGAGAUCGAUAAGUGUUUCUCUUCUCUACACGGAUGCCGUGCAGCCAAGCUCGUUCAGAGUUAUAAUCUGAACUCUUGUCCCUUAUCAAGAUUAGUCACACUGUUUAUUGGUGGUGACUCAUCAAAAUGGCAUCCACAAAAUCCAAGGAAAUCGCGGAUGAGUACAUCUCAUCUCUGUCUGAUCUUACAAUCAACAGUAAACCGCUCAUUAACAUGCUUACUAUGUUGGCGGAAGAUAAUAUUGAACACGCGUCAGCUAUAGUACAAGCUGUUGAGACUCACCUGCAAAAGGUGAGAAGCGAUAUUAAGUUACCAGUCCUCUAUCUCAUCGACUCGAUCGUCAAGAACGUCAAUGGAGACUACCUGAAUCUCUUCACGCAAAAUAUAGUAAACACGUUCUGUGGAGUAUUCGAGAAGGUGGACGAGAAUACAAGAGCCAGCAUGUGGAAGUUGCGGCAAACCUGGAACGACGUAUUCCCACCAAAGAAGUUAUUUUCAUUAGAUGUUCGAGUACAAAGUAUUGAUCCCGCAUGGCCGGUCACUGCCCCUCCUAGUAGUAUUUCUUCAGGAUCCAUUCACGUUAACCCACGAUUUCUUUCAAUGCCUCAACAGACUACAACAUCGAUCAUGCAGCCGAUUGUGCCACCUGUUAAAUUGCCACCGGGAGAGCCGGUAACAACAACGGAGGCGGUCAUGCGUGAACAGCUGCUGAAAAAGCAACGAGAGUUAUUGGAGUUACAAAAAAAGAAAAUCGAGCUGGAACUGUUGCAGGCUAAAGCAAGUUUGGAGCAACAGCAGAGACAACUCGAUAAACAAGCUGGAAGUUUGAAGACAGAAUUGGUUACACCCGCUACGCAGGCCCCGCCAACUAAAGAAUCGACGUCGCAAGAGAAACCUGUCGCACCGGUAGUGCCAAAUCAAACGACGAAACAAGUAGCGAAACAGUUCCCCGCGGCGGCUGCGUCACUUUUAAAGAAUGCAGGAGCGAACACCGGGCCACGAAUUGCACCAGCUAGUAGUAUAGCAGUGGCGUCGGCUAAGCCAGUAUCACGAGAUCCACGUUUGAAGUCCACUCCUGUUCAGGAUGUGGCAGUGCCAACCGUGGAUCCUCGGCAGCGCGUGGGUACGACCAGCCCAAAGGAAUCGCGGGGUGAAGGUCUAACGCAGUCUGCGCCAAAUAUAAAUAAUGUACUUUCAAACCAAUUAAAACAGCAGUUACUUUCGAAACCGGCUGUAACUAGCACUACCAACAAGCCUUCGACAAAUCUCGCCGGCUCCGAUACCCCGGCGGCAAACAAUAAUAAUAACAACAACAAUAAUGCUAAUACGAACGUGAACAACAAUAAUAAUAGUAAUAAAAAUUUCAGUAGUAACACAAAUAAAGAUGCUGUCUCGCAUCGAACAAGUCAAAAGAAAGACCCUCGAUUGUCUAGUAAUAGUGGCGGUAUCCUAAACGGCAAUAGCUCCAAAAAUACCCAGAGUCUAUCGGUUGGUAGUAAUAGCUCACCGUCAGCAGCAUUGUCAGCGAGCAAUAGAGGAAGUGGAGGCAGCGAUUCCAAAUCGAAGGACUCGAAGAGCUCGAAAGAUUCGCGGAGCUCUUCGUCGUCUUCGACAGCCGACAAGUCUUCCGCUUCCUCGAAAUCCUCGCAUAGGAAGCUAGGUAACAAGUCGCGAUCCAAACAGCCACAGACAGGUGCAAGUAAGCAAACAAAGCUCGACCGAGAUUCGAGUCCGAUUAGAUCGAAAUCUCGUGAAAAAGACAGCGGGGACAAUUCACCGUCGUCCUCACGCACCUCUCCGCAAUCAUCCUCCUUCCAAGCCUCUAAGAACCGCAAGAAGAACACGAAAUCCCGCAAGCGUAGCCCAAGUCCUCCGUACAGAAUUCCCCGGCGUAACGAUGCGAAGUCGAAUUCAAGUUUGAACAGCUCCGGCGGUGUUACCGAGGAGGAGCAAUCUGGUUCGCUUAUAGUAUCUCCUCCUCAUCCACCCACGUUCAAAGAGAUCAGGCCGAAUGCUAGACAGCGAAAUUAUGUAAGGCGAAAUAAAGACGGCAGUCUUAGUCCGGAACAUUCUCCAGCCAGUGCUGGAAAUGCUCAGAUCGCUACCGAGCCGACACUGGAGUCGUCUAGCAAAGACGAGGAUCUCAGAGCGCCCCUGUCACUCCCUGGUACCGCUGUUUCCGUGCAAAAAGAGGAUUUAGAUUUACGAGUAUUGCCGUCUGUAAACACUAGUAAGAGAACAAGUACUGACCACGCGGAGACAACUACCUCGAAAAAAAUGAAGACUGAAAAGUUCGACGCUUUAUUCGGGAAUGAAGACGUCGAUUUACGCACUCUGACGCAUCCCAAGGCCGGCCGGCCCCCGACGCCUCCUCCGCCCGUGAUAUCCGGGGAGGACGGGAAGGACGGCUGGGCGAAGUUGAAGACUCCGACGAAGAACGAGAGAGACAAGCAAGUUAACAAUGUCGAGGACAAGCGCGAGAGAGAUCGCAACAGGGACCGGCUGGGUCGUCUCAGGCUGUACAACAAGCUCCCGGACGACCCGAAAGAGAGAAGGAGAACCUUGUCGAACGAGGAGCAGGACGCUCGACCGACGCGCAGAAGCCGGGAGAACGACAAGCCCGAGAGAAACGAGGACAGGAACAUCGAGAUAAUAAUGAAGCAGGCGGCCGAGCAGCUGAAUCAAGGCCUGAUCACCAAGACGCAGUACAACACUCUGAUACAGGAGGUGCUGCACAUGAGCGAAGAUCGGAAGUUGCGAGCGGCGCAACGCAAGGAGAAGGAGAGCGGCACGAUAGUCUGGGAGAAGAGCGUGAACAUGGACAUUCCCGGGCCCGGGGAACGCGCCGCGCUGCACCAGCGAAAGUCCAGCAGUCCGUCCAACGAUAAGGAGGUGAUACGGAGCAAGGAGCACCCGAUGCCGCGGAAUCCGAACGGCCCGAGGUGGCAGAAUCAGCCCUGGCAGCAACCGUGGGCUCAUCCGCCGGGACCGCCGUACGGCGGGCCGCAAGGCCACUUCAAUUCGGAGAUGAGACCGGUCGCUCCGUGGCAGAAUCCCCGACACUUCGGGCCGAUGAGGCCGGACUACCAGUUCCAUGGCUUCAACCACAACAUGGGGCCCAGUCCGCGUUUGGGUAUGAUGGGCCCGAUGGGACCGAACGGCCCGAUCAUGUCGAACCUCCUGCCGAACGGGCCGAUUGGGCCGAUGGGCAUGCCUAAUCCUCCCAUGUCCAUCGGAUGUCAUCCCGCGAUGAUGAUGAACAACGGGCCGAUGGGUAAUCUCAUGGCGAAUCCGAGCAUGCCGUCCCUGUCGUCCGGUAGAAACGUGUCGCCCAACACGGCGUCCAAGUACGACCUCGAGGACAACGACCCGAACUACCCGAGCUGCGCGGUGAAGCAUCAAGGGGGACCGUACAGCCGCGAACUGCCGCCGCCGGACUCGAAGCUGCUGGCCGAGAUCUCCAGGGACACCAUGAAGUCCAUCAAUAUCGACAACAUACCGCGGGAGAUCCGGUACUACGGGCAAACGGGCGUGGUCUUUAUGAACUGGGACGACCCGAGGGAGAUCGGCUUCCAAGACGGAAUCAGGAGAAUACUGAUCGACGAGAAGGACACUAUAACCUGCGCGUUUAACGAUCCGUACAAGGAGUUCAUAUACGAAGGAGAGGUUCACAGAAUCAAACUGGGCGCACCCACUCGGGAAUUGUACAUCGACGACCGCUGGUACGAGUGUUAUUUCGGCGGCAUGCCGAUAACGAUCGAGCUCAGCGGUAAGAAGGUCAGUAUGAAGCUGGAGGGCCCACCGCCGCAGGUCAAGAUCGGCACGGUGAAGAGAACGGACCUGGUAGUCGCCAAAAUUAAUCUCAUCAUCAACGCACGGAACAUGGUGCCGGUGUUCUUGGACGCGAAGCCGCAGAUAUUCGAGAUCGAAGGGAAGCCUCACACGCUCGAAUUCACGGACGCAUUGCAAACGGUCCACCUGAACGGACGGCCGUUCAAAGUUGAAUUUGGCGGAUUACCCAAACCCAUCGUCGUCAGAGACAAGAAGCACUUCAUUAGAUUUUCGGUGUUGCCGAGAGGUGUGCGCGCUGGUUACGUUAAGAUCACCGGAAUGAGAGGCGACGGUCCCAUCGACACGCCACCGAACACACCCUUGCCGGCUCUGAAACCUAAAGUAGAUUCCACCCCAACUCCGAGCCAAUUGUUGCCCAUCAUAGAGCACGAGUCCACUUCUCAGGACGGCUCGGAUCGCACGUCCCCUCCGAAGCCAGACUUGCAACUGGAUAUGCUGUCGUCGGUUCUGCCGUCGGCAAUGGCUCCGUCAUCCGGUCUGUCUUACCAAGCGGAGCCCGCGGAGAAUUCAUCGGCGGCUGCGGCAUUGCCGCUUAGCAUGAGCGAAUUGUUCCAGAGACUCGUCGAGACUGGCAUUAUCGUUCCGAAUCUUACGGAGCAGAAGAAACCAGAAGAGGAAGAGAAGAAAGAGCCCGAAAUCAUUCCCAUCACCUUCGACAAGCCAGAGAGUCUCAAAAUCAAACAACCGGCUAUCUCCUCGGCGUUGUACAGCGGUAUGCAAUGUAGUUCCUGCGGCGCGAGAUUCGCUCCCGAACUGGCCACUCGGUACAGCCACCACUUGGACUGGCACUUCAGGCAGAACAGGCGUGAACGUGACUCCGCGCGGAAAGCGCACUCUCGCCCGUGGUAUUACGACGUCAGCGACUGGACGCAAUUCGAAGAGAUCGAAGAUUUAGAGGAUAGAGCGCAAAGCUGGUUCGAGACUGAGAAACAGACGGCAGAGACGGAAGGUGUGGCUAGCGACGAUUCACCUCAGGAAACGCUGCAACCGAGCGUGCCGACCGGCAACGACGAGGACUCGCGGUGUCAAGUGUGCCAUGAUGCAUUUGAGCAAUUUUAUAACGAAGAAAAGGAGGAAUGGCAUUUAAGGCCGGCGGUUAAUCACGAGGAAAAGAAUUAUCAUCCGCUCUGCCUGGAAGAUUACAAGGAAAAGAGUCUGGCGAGGGUAUUGGAGAAGACAACCUUAGGACUUGACGAAACAGCUAUGGAAACCGAAGAGGGUAAAAAGGAAUGUUCCGAGGAAGUAGCAGCGAAAGAGGAACAUAAACAGGAAGAAUCCGACGUAGAAGCAGCGAAUAAAGAGUUCGAAUCUACGGAAACGUUGGAUCAAGCGGAGGAGAGUCCUAUGGAAACCACUGAACUGGAAAACAAAGAGGAGUCUCCAGACGCCGAGAAUUUGGAAUUAACGCAAGACAAUGCCGAAGAGACGGGAAAAACGACGGAGGAAGUCAACAGUGACCUGAAUACAGACGCGGAAAAUAUUGAGCAAACGUCUGACGCGCCUGUGACGAACGAAGAGGAGAAAUCUCAGGACGAAAGUUCAAUAAUGCCGUUCGACAAUAUCAAGAUUAAAGAAGAGCCGAUGGAUGAUGUCGGCGAGCAACCCGAGAGCGAAUUGUUCGAAUUCGCUAACAUAGAAAUUAAAGAAGAGCCUGCAGAUCCCGAUGCGGAUCCAGAUGGAACCAUCAUCAAUGGACCGGCCACGGUAGACACGACGUACGUUGCAGUGAAAAGUUCCAUCGACGGAAACGUGGAAUUGGACUCGACACCGGCGACUAUCCCCGCGGCACAACCACGAAUCAAGAUCAAUAUCACCAAGCCACUGAGUACCAACAAAGAGCCGGAAGAGAAAGAGAAAGUGGCGGCGCCUGAGACACCGGUCGAAGAAAAUGCGAAGCCUCUGGUGCCAGCUUCCAUUAAACCGAGUUUACGUGGUAGGAAACUAUCGAAUUUGCCCCCCGUAGAAAAAGGACAAGAACUGUCGGGGCUCUGUAGUAUAAUGUAAAUAUACAAGUAAGUGUAUAAAGUUUAAAGAUUCACAUGUGAAAAGUGGACAAAAAUAAAGCGUAUUAAAAAAAGAUUAAUAAUACUUUUAAGUGGCGUAGUGUGUUAAGAGUUAAUUUGUAUAUCGCAAUUUUGUACAACUUGUACGACAUGAUAUAUGUACAGCGAAAGGGUCGCAAACUAUUGCACCCUCGAUGAGCUUCACUACGCCAUUCAGUAUUUAAUAGAAAAAUUCAUUGGACAGCUAAUAAGUACCGCGAUUCGUUGCAAAAUCCACCGUAAGAAACGCAUCCUUUUUGCAAUCGACUGUGUAGAGUGUCUACUUUUUAGUGAAUACGUUGAUCUGCAUUUUCUUUUUUUUCCCCCCCUACAAUAGUUAUGCUCUCUCGUCUCGAUUGAUGCACACACAAAAUUCCAUUGACAAUUUUUACUGCCGCUUAAGUGAAUUGAAAUCCUUCGUCCGUCUCUCACAUGCGUACUGAAGUAAUAAUCGUAUCGUACAAGUUAAAAAUGUGCGAAAUGUGGCAUGUGAGGCAUGCAAGUGUAAACGUAUCGAGUAACAGCGCAAAAAAACAUUGUACAUGUACAUAGGUAAUAUAAUGUAGGAAGAUAUGAUAUUGUAGCAUUCCGAAUGUUGUUUGAAUGUUACUUCUUUUUAGCUGCAUUUUCUGAACUAAGUAUUAGAUAUGUUUAUAUAUGUAUUUAGAUAUACAUACAUACACACACACACACAC